AUGCCGGCCCCAAGCGCCGACGAGGCUGUCCCCACCGCGGAAGGGGUGCGAGAGAUCAUCCGGAAGGACCUCUUGGCUGCCGACCUGAAAUGCAGCCUUUUCGCCUCUGCCCUGCAGAGCUACAAGCGGGACUCCGUCCUCCGGCCCUUCCCAGGACACUACGCCUCGGAGGACAGCAAGGAUUUUGAGGCUCUGCUUGCAGAUACAAGUGCAUUAGGGAGCCUGCAAGAACUCUUGGGUUCUCCCCAAAAUCCUGACCAAAGAAACUUGGAGCUGCUCCACUGGAUCCUGGCCUCUAAGGCCUGGUGCAUCCACGCCACCAGCAAAACCAAGUACGAGAAGAUCCAGGAACUGGCGGGAGCUCCCAGCAUGCCCGUCCCGGUGCCAGACUUCCUGUUUGAAAUCACCUACUGCGAAGAAAUGAACGCCAAAUUUGAGGACACUCAGGCGGGGAGAGAUCUCAUCUAUGCCUUUCAUGGGAGCCGCUUGGAGAACUUCCAUUCCAUCAUGCACAACGGCCUGCAGUGCCACCUGAAUAGGACCUCCUUGUUUGGGGAAGGCACCUACCUGACCAGUGACUUAAGCCUGGCCCUUCUCUACAGCCCGCAUAGCCUGGGCUGGCAGCGAAGCGCAAUGGGCCCGAUUCUCAGCUGCGUCGCGGUUUGCGAGGUCAUUGAUCACCCGGAUGUCAAGUGCCAAGUGAAGAAAAAAGACUCCAAGGAAAUUGACAGGAAGAGGGCCAGGGUGAAGAACAGCGAAGGGGGUGACGUUCCUCAGAAAUAUUUUGUCGUUACAAACAAUCAGCUGAUACGGGUGAAAUAUUUGCUAAUAUAUUCACAGAGGCAGCACCGAAGGUGA